CAUUGUCACAGUAAUUUUGUUUGUACAAUUAAAGCUAGGUUCUUAGCUUAUUUUCCGAAAAAAAAAUGGAUAAAAUAAGCUACAAGCGUAAAAUGCUAGAAGUUUCAAAAAGGUUGACCGAUUCGGACAUGAAACAUUUAAAAUACAUCUUUACAGAUGAAAUUGGAGAUGCUGUCCUUGAAAAAGUUUCAUCACCAAUUGAGUUUAUUCGAGUCUUAGAAAUGAACAAUUAUCUUGGACCAGAUAAUUUAGAAAAUUUUACAAUUGUACUUAAAGAUCUGGGGAAAACUGAUCUUGUUGAAGUCAUAACAGGAAAACCAGUCUCAAAACCUGCACCAGAAUUAAGAGUCCCUUCAAAUUUGAAUUCGUCAAAUGCUUCAAACAAUAAAGGUUUGAAUGCUGAGUUAAAUUCAAAAUUUUUUGAUAAAAUUAGCUAUUAUAUUGGUACAGAUUGGAGUAGGUUUGCACGUUAUCUUGGCUUGUCUGAUGCAGAAAUUGAUAUGAUUGACAAUGAUAAUCGGAAAACUCUUGAGAAAGCUAUGCAAGUUAUGGUGAAGUGGAAGCAAAAAAACGGAAACGUGACAUGGCAGCAGUUAAAAGUAAACUUGGAAUCAAUUGAGCGUUUUGAUAUAAUUAGGCAAAUCGAAAAAGAAUUUGCAAGUUCAUUAGCUCCGCAAGAUAAAUAUUCGGUUCAAGAAUCUGGAUAUUAUUCAAAGUGAAGUUGUAUGAAGGGAGUGUUGCUUUUAACAAGUCAUCGUAAAGUUUUUGGAGAUUCCUAUGGUGGUGAAGGUUUCAGCAGACUGUCUAUUGAACAGUCUUUGUGAGCUAUAAUAUAAACUGUUUUUCAUUCAUGCAUCUUUUUUAAUUCAUAAUAUAAUGAAACAUGAUAACAAAAAAACAGUUGCAAUUUGUUAUAUUGAUUUUUAAUUUUUACAUUUAUGUGCAAUGUGUAAGCAAUAAGUUUAGAUUUUGCAAGCUUUUUUAACAUAGUUUUAUUUUUUAAAUCUUCUUUAUAAUUAUUGUAUCUAUAGGAAUUUUCAAAAUACUUUUUUUAUUAAACUGCGAAAUAAAAUUGUCAUAAUUUGAAUGAGCUAUUUUAUUUUUUUUUUUUGCAUGUAUAUUAAAGAUUAAAAUUAGUUACAACGAAGUGUAUAGAGUUUUAGGAUUCUUCGUUUAUUUAGU